AUGUCGGCGGAGGACGAGAAGUUAUUGAAGGAGGCGAAGAAACUCCCUUGGGAGGAUCGCCUUGGCCAUAAGAAUUGGAAAGUUCGGAACGAGGCUAACGUCGAUUUAGCUUCUGUUUGUGAUUCCAUUACUGAUCCUAAGGACUCUCGUCUUCGCGAUUUUGGUCACUUGUUUAGGAAGACGGUGGCGGAUUCUAAUGCCCCCGUGCAAGAGAAAGCCCUUGAUGCAUUGAUUGCCUUUUUGCGAGCAGCUGACUCAGACGCCGGAAGGUAUGCAAAGGAAGUUUGCGAUGCUAUUGCGGCUAAAUGUCUCACGGGUCGGAAGAAUACUGUCGACAAGGCUCAAGCUGCUUUCUUGCUUUGGGUAGAAUUAGAGGCUGUCGAUGUUUUCCUGGAUACGAUGGAGAAAGCUAUAAAGAAUAAAGUUGCAAAGGCUGUGGUACCUGCAGUAGACGUUAUGUUUCAAGCUCUAAGGUCUGCUUUCAAGUCCUUGUUAGUUUUCUCCACUGGUUCAUGA